AUGUUGCUGGGGCUUCUACUUGUGCUGCUUAUCUGGCCACAGCGAGUCUGUGGGAUGUUCACAGCCAAAUGCCUCCUGACUUUGAAACAGGGUGAAGUAGACCCACAGAUUCGCUACAAGCCAGGAGAUUAUUUCAUUAGUGGCAUCAUCUCUGCAAUGAAAGUUAGGAUUCAAUUAUUUACAUUUGAUCAAAGUCCUUCAACAAAAGUAUCUGCAAAAACAACCAGAUUUCAUUGGAAAUAUGCACCUUUCCUUUUUGCCAUCAAGGACGUCAAUCAGAAUAGCCAUCUCUUGCCUAACAUUACCCUGGGUUACAAUAUCUAUGAAAACUUCUUCAAGGCAGAAAUGACUUCAGAGGCUUUGCUGGACCUGCUUUCAGAUGGGGAGGCCAAUGUCCCCAACUACAGUUGUGGGAGGCAGAGAAACACAGUGGCUGUUGUGGAAGAGGCUGAGAUGGGCAUCUCCAUCCAGAUCUCAACCAUGUUGGGCACCUAUAAGACUCCACAGCAUGCUAUUUCAGUGAAAGUCUGGAGACGAUGCAGACAGCGAGAAGAACUGAUGGCUCUGAGGAAAGAGGUGAUUGAUCAGACCAAGGCUCUGGACAGCUACAUCCUUGACAGCACCAUCUGGGCUGUAGCAAGGGCCUUAAAUUCAGCUUACAUAUCCACAUCCAAAAGAUCAGUGAGGAACAGGGUUAUGAUUCUGGAAGCUCCAAGGCUGAAGGCUUGGCAGCUUCACUCCUUCCUUCAAAGUUCUCAAUUUCAUAAUAAUUCCAUAGAAGGUGUAUAUUUGGAUGAGGAAGGAGAUCUGACAGCUGACUUGGACAUUGUGAACUGGGUCCUUUUCCCCAACAAGUCUUUCAAGAGAGUGAAAACUGGGACUGCAGAAAAACAGGCAUCCCAAGAUUUUAGAAUUAUCAUUGACCAGAUGGGAAUCACAGAAGUGGAAAGGCUGAGCAAGCCCCUGCCUUCUUUCAGGUGUGUGGAAACCUGCCAUCCGGGAUUCAUGAAGGUGGAACAGGAAGGGAAGCUCACCUGUUGCUAUGAUUGUCAUCAUUGUGCAGAAGGAACCAUCUCCACCAUGGAAGAUGCUGAAAAAUGUAUGAAAUGUCCAGAGGAUCAACAUCCAAACAUCAACCAAGAUGAAUGUAUACCAAAGAUUGAAACUUACCUAUCCUAUCAAGAAAAUUUGGGCAUCAUCCUAGCUUUUCUUGCCUUGUUCCUGUCUUUAGUAACAGGCUUUGUCUUGGGAAUCUACAUUAAAUUCCAAGAAACUCCCAUAGUCAAAGCCAACAAUCGAGAUCUCUCUUAUAUCCUCCUCAUCUUCCUCCUGUUCUCCUUCUUAACUUCCUUCCUAUUCAUUGGCCAGCCAAGAAGAGUCACUUGCCUUUUCCAACAAACAGCCUUCAGCAUCAUCUUUUCAGCUGCCAUUUCUACCAUCUUGGCCAAAACAUUCAUGGUGGUGUUAGCCUUCUUGGCCACAAAACCAGGGAAUAAAUUUCAGAGAUGGCUAGGGAAAAGCCUGUCCAAUUCUGUCAUCCUUUCUUGCUCUGGUGUCCAAAUUGUCCUCUGCAGCAUCUGGUUGGGGACUUCUCCCCCAUUCCCUGACUCUGAUAUGCACUCACAGUCUGGAGCAAUUAUUCUGCAAUGCAAUGAAGGUAGUCUCAUCAUGUUUUACAUUGCCCUAGGCUACAUGGGCUUCCUGGCUAUCAUCUGCUUCACAGUGGCUUUCCUGGCCAGGAAUCUGCCUGCAGCCUUCAAUGAAGCCAAGCUGAUCACCUUCAGCAUGCUGGUCUUCUGCAGUGUCUGGGUGACUUUUGUCCCCACCUAUCUGAGCACCAAAGGGAAAUAUAUGGUGGCUGUGCAGGUCUUCUCCAUCUUGGCCUCCAGUGCUAGCCUUUUGUUACUCAUUUUCUUCCCCAAAUGCUACAUUAUUUUCCUAAGACCAGACCUCAAUACAAAAGAACAUUUGAUGUCAAAAUGA